CGCAGCUUCAGUAUAAUUCAAGCAAGAGAGCUAAACAGACGCAAAUAAGCAAGUUAAAUCAAGCAAACGUGAAUCAACUAUAGUGAGCGCAAAAGUAUUUGAAACGUUAGCAAAUUGAUAAAAUUAAAUCAGUGAGCAAAAUAUUAAACCAAGUGAAAUAAAGUGAUUAGUAAGAACUACCAUUUUUCAAAAACAUUUAAGUGAAGUGAAAAUGUCUGCAAUUGGAAUUGACCUGGGAACCACGUACUCUUGCGUGGGAGUGUUCCAGCAUGGCAAGGUGGAAAUCAUUGCCAACGACCAGGGCAACCGAACGACACCCAGUUACGUGGCCUUUUCGGACUCGGAACGGUUGAUUGGCGAUGCUGCAAAGAACCAGGUGGCAAUGAACCCACAGAACACGGUUUUCGACGCUAAACGACUGAUUGGCCGUAAAUUCGAUGAUCCCAAAAUUCAAGCAGAUAUCAAGCAUUGGCCAUUCAAAGUAGUCAACGAUGGCAGUAAACCGAAAAUUGAAAUUGAAUUCAAGGGUGAACGGAAACGGUUUGCACCGGAGGAAAUCAGUUCAAUGGUUCUGAUCAAGAUGAAAGAAACCGCCGAGGCUUAUUUGGGUAAAAGUGUUCGUAAUGCAGUGAUUACAGUCCCAGCCUAUUUCAACGACUCACAACGGCAGGCUACGAAAGAUGCUGGCGCGAUUGCCGGUCUGAACGUUUUGCGAAUCAUCAAUGAACCGACAGCCGCUGCACUGGCAUAUGGAUUGGACAAAAAUCUGAAGGGAGAGCGAAAUGUAUUAAUUUUCGAUCUUGGCGGUGGCACAUUCGACGUUUCGAUUUUAACCAUAGAUGAAGGGUCACUAUUUGAGGUACGAUCCACUGCAGGAGAUACUCACCUGGGAGGAGAGGACUUCGACAAUCGAAUGGUUUCACACUUUGUGGAAGAAUUCAAACGCAAAUACAAAAAGGAUGUUUCUUCAAAUCCACGUGCAUUGCGACGUCUGCGGACUGCUUGCGAACGGGCCAAACGCACAUUGUCAUCAAGCACCGAGGCAACAAUCGAAAUCGACGCUCUUGUAGAUGGAAUCGAUUAUUACACCAAAAUAUCUCGUGCCCGGUUCGAGGAACUUUGCUCCGAUUUGUUCCGUUCUACUUUGCAACCAGUCGAGAGAGCUUUGUCGGAUGCCAAGAUGGACAAGAGCUCAAUCCACGACAUCGUUCUUGUGGGUGGUUCUACUCGUAUUCCAAAAGUACAGUCGCUGCUCCAAAACUUCUUCUGUGGUAAAACACUGAACCUAUCAAUUAAUCCGGAUGAAGCAGUAGCUUAUGGUGCGGCAAUUCAAGCUGCUAUUCUCAGUGGCGACAAGGACGAGAAAAUUCAGGACGUUCUGCUGGUUGAUGUCGCACCACUAUCACUUGGCAUUGAAACGGCAGGUGGUGUGAUGACUAAACUGAUCGAACGCAACAGUCGAAUUCCCUGCAAGCAAACGCAAACAUUCUCCACAUAUGCAGACAACCAACCUGGAGUUUCGAUUCAGGUGUUUGAAGGAGAACGUGCCAUGACGAAAGACAACAAUCGUCUGGGACAAUUCGAUUUAUCAGGCAUUCCUCCGGCGCCUCGAGGUGUUCCACAGAUUGAAGUUACAUUCGAUUUAGACGCCAACGGAAUCUUGAACGUUUCGGCCAAGGAGAAGAGCACUGGCAAGGAAAAGAACAUCACAAUUAAAAACGAUAAAGGCCGUCUGAGUCAGGCAGAAAUUGACCGAAUGUUAGCUGAAGCUGAGAAGUUCCGCGAAGAUGACGAGAAACAGCGUGAACGCAUUUCUGCACGGAAUCAGCUUGAGGGCUAUUGCUUCCAACUGAAACAGUCACUGGAAUCGGCUGGCGAUAAACUGAGCGAAUCGGAUAAGCAAACCAUUCGGGACAAGUGCGACGAAACUCUACGCUGGCUGGACGGUAACACAAUGGCAGAGAAGGAUGAGUAUGACCACAAAAUGCAGGAGCUGACCCGAGUGUGCAGUCCUAUAAUGACCCGUCUGCAUCAAGGACCGGGCGGUGCCGCAUCGAGCUGUGGCCAGCAGGCUGGCGGCUUCGGCGGAGGACGAUCAGGUCCCACAGUUGAGGAAGUUGAUUAAAUUUAAGAAUUUCGCAUUAGUUUAGUUAUAACUGAAAAAAGUCUGAAUAAGCUAAGGAUAAUUUUAAAAGUAAUACAGUGUUAGCAAAAAUAAAUAUAGCUUUUGUUUAAAAUGUUA